AUGUUCACCACCUCGCCAAAGAAGAAGAUCCCAUACCAUCACCACCAUGGCAUGCGACACAAACAUCAGACCGUGCCCACCUCGGAACCAGCGUUGCUAGCGCAAGAGGUGGUCGAUGAUUUACUCGUGCUGUCUAUAAAGGCGAUAUGUGAAGAGGAGGCACAGAGGCAAGGCAUCAAGAAUCCGGUAAUUGAGUCGGUGGCAUUGGAAUCCUUAGCAGCAGCCAUGGACGAAUUCAUGCUCCAAUUCCUGUCCAAGGUCCGACGCUCCAUGACCGCAGCCCGGCGAAUCUGUCCCAUCGCCACCGAUUUCGAGGCCGCAAUCGAUGUUCUCGACGUCCCUCGGCCCGACGACCAACUCGGCCCUUAUGAGACUCAACCCUCCGUCAACCCCCCUUUACUACCGACGCCACCUCCUGAAGAUGAAUUCCACAAUCUCGUUGAACUUCCAGCAUCAUUCCUCGGUCCCGGCUUGGACGGCCACGGCGAGUUGAAGAAAUUCUCCUUCUCAACCAAGGGAUUGCCCGAGCUGCCCUCUGCACAUACCUACAAGGAUACACCCGUCUACCCGGAACGACAGUCUGAUAGUAGGAAGAUGAGAGAAUUGGCGACCCAGGAAGGGAAACUUGGUGAGCAAGCACUGCGGAAGUUGGCUGGGGCUGUUAAAUUGGAUGCUGCUCAUCCACUCGAAGUGGAGGGGAUAUCUUCCAGGCAGAAACCUUCCACGAUCAUCCGGCGCAAGAGGUGGAAGACCGCAGUUGAUCUAUCGGAAGAGGCAGUUUUUGAAGAAACCCUGCGCGACUUGCUGGCGAAAGAGCCUGGCGGUUUUGAGCUAGGACCGAUCGUCAAUUGCGAGAAGGCGUAUCGAAUGCCGGAAGAAGUGAUGGUGAAGAGGCGGGCACCGACCAACAAGUCCACCUCGGAUAAGCGGAGCAGCUCAGGAUUGGACGGAGGCGACGUGGUCAUGCGACUGUGA